GGAUUUUCUUAAAUAUGAGAGUUUUUAAUUACGUUGUUAUGUCUAUGAAAUGUUGAAUUUGGGUACUUAUCAAUUAUUGUCAUGUAUUGUUAUUAGAAUAUGGAUUUCUCCAACUUCCCAAUAGUGUGUCAUUAGGGAGGGAAAUUAUUUGAGGAAGUAGAGGGUAUAUACUAUGAAGGUGGUUAUCUGCGGGUGCGGAUGAUAUUGCCAGCCCUACUCGUGGUGCAUGUAUGCUAGAGAUGUUGCAAAAUAUAUAUGCAGCUACACAGAUUCAUCCGAGCCAUUCUUUGCAAGUGCAGAUGAAAUAUCCCCUUCACGGGGGAUCAUACAUGCUUAUGCCACUUGAUGAUGAGGAAGCUGACACGGGAUUGUAGACGAUAGUUCAGAUGAUGACUAUGUCCACAAUGGAGAUAUACAUUGCAGAUUCCAUAGAGUCGGAUGAAGAUGAUGGUGAUACUGUGAGCGCAACUGCCCCGUAUAGCCACUAUACUAGACUAUAUGAUCUCCCAUCCGGCUUUGAUGAUCCGUACGUGGAGGAGUGGAACAAGUGUGAAAAGUUUUUCACCCGACGGUGAGUUUGAGGUUGGUAUUCAUAGAUUGGUGACUAUUGUACCUCUUGAUAGAGCUCUACUCACUGCUCUUCUUGAGCGUUGGAGGCAGGAGACACACACAUUUCACCUUCCAGUUGGUGAGGUGACAGUGACCUUGUCACCUUGGGGGUGUGACUGUAUUGAGAGGGUUAAUUACAGGUCCAUGGGAGAGCAGUUACACAGAUUGUUGUUGAUGAGAGCUUCCAUUUUUCGUGACAAGAGUGGAAAUGAGGUUCAAGUGCUGCACUUGCCGAUGCUAGAGAGAUUUGAUGUAGCUACGUACUUCAGUUGGGGUAGUGCCACACUAGCUUAUCUGUUAAGGCAAUUGUGUCGAGGUUGUUAGAGUGGGAGCACGGAGGUUGGUUUUUUUUUUGCUUCUAUUACAGAUUUGGUCAUGGGAGUACAUUCACAUUGGGCGUCCCAUUAUAGUACGAUACCAUGGGCUUGAUGGACACACACUUCAUGAUCAGCCUCCACAUCUAAUUGGACCACAUCUUCGAUGGGGUGAGGACCCUCUAGAGUGUUGAUUACAUGGAUGCCAUGUACAGCUCAGAUGUUAGAGGAGUUGCCUCCGGCAGGAUGAGAG